AUGGAAGCUUUGAGAGAUGAAAGGGUCGCUAUUGUUGGGAUAUGCGGGAUGGGUGGUGUCGGUAAGACAACACUACCUGAGAAAAUAAGAACAAGGGCUAAACAAGAAAAAUUGUUUAAUGACGUUGUCAUGGUAACUGUCAGUCAACAACAAAAUUUUAAGAAAAUACAAGAUGAGAUCGCCGGAGGAGUCGGUCUGACAUUAAAAGGGGACAAUUUGUUGCAGCGUGGAGAUCGGCUGGGUUCAAGGUUAAUGUAUAAGGACAGUCGCGUCCUUGUUAUUUUGGAUGAUGUUUGGGAGGUUGUUGAUCUAAAGAGUCUUGGAAUUCCCACUGGUAGCGACCACAACUACCGGUGCAAAGUUACAUUGACAAUGCAUCUCCAAGAUGUUUGUCACGUUAUGGAGGCUCAGAAGAUCGUAGAAUUUAGAGUUUUAUCUGAAAAAAAAAAAGCAUGGUUCCUUUUCAGGCAGAAAGCUGGUGAUUCGGUUGAUGAUCCAUCUCUUCUUCACAUAGCAAAAGAUGUUGCAGAAGAAUGCAAGGGGUUGUUGUUACUUCCCACAAUAUAUUCGGGUAUGUAG